GUCAAGUAGACGAAUGAUAUCUACACAGGUACGCCGUGGUACGGGCACAAUAGACGUUAAGCCUAUUGGAUGCUUGUCCGUGUCGACAAAUAGGCCCCGUGUUGUCAUUACUUCAACAGGUAAUUUUGUCUUUGUUGUCCACAACAGAGGAGAACGCAGACUGACCCUCUCGGUCUGUGUGUGACACAUUUGGUCUGCAUGACGCACUGACCAACGGUGCAGGGAAAAUCUCCAUAGCUAAUACAGGUGAUUUUCUUUGAUCUCCACAACAAACACGUUACCUAACCCAAUCUUCUCCGGGUCAGUAUAAGCGGCACUGGCACGUAUCUUCUGAUCAAAGAGCCGGCACAGGUGAAGGGAACUCCACCGCAGCAGAGAAAGGGUUUACAGAACUAGAGAAAAGACGCCAUCAGGUAUGGCUGUGUACAUCCUAGCGGCCCUCUGCGCCGCCAUGUUGAGUAAAGCUCCAGUCCAGGCAGCGGCUGAAGUGACGGCUCCUGCGGGAAGACUUGUCGGGCUGGAGCAGGACGUGUUCGGGACGACAGUUCACGCCUUCCUCGGGAUCCCAUUCGCACACCCUCCAGUCGGCAACCGUCGCUUUCGGCGAGCUGAACGCCUGCCGCCGUGGGACGGGGUCUACAAUGCCACGACGUAUCCAAACAUGUGCAUUCAGUCAUCAAAUCUUUUCCCGGUGGGAGGGGAGAUCACCCCGAAGAGCGAGGACUGUCUGUACCUGAACGUGUGGCAGCCGAACCCUGUCCCAACUGGUGCCGCCGUCAUGGUCUAUAUUCACGGCGGGGGAUUCAUGACUGGCUCUUCUUCACUGUACAACGGAAAGUACCUGACUGCUACAGAAGGAGUGAUCGUGGUAACCGUUAACUACCGAGUCGGCCCGCUGGGGUUCCUGUACACAGGAACUGAUGACGUGCCCGGAAACAUGGGUCUGACGGACCAGUUACUGGCCCUCCAGUGGGUACAGGACAACAUCCCAUCUUUCGGAGGAGAUUCCUCCAAGGUGACCAUUUUUGGCCAUAGUGCAGGUUCAGCAAGUGUUGGUUUCCAUCUGGUGUCAUCGGAAAGUAGAAACGUCUUCAGUCGGGCCAUUCUGCAGGCUGGAACGUCCUUGCAACCGGGUCUGUCCGAAACGAUGUCCGGCGCUAACGACAAGGCCAUGGCGUUUUCCGAAAGUCUCGGCUGCCCAACUGAUCAAGGUACAGCUGCACUACUGACAUGUCUACGGUCUCAAGAUGCCCAACAGUUCGCAACGUUCACUAACUUCUACCCCGUGAAGGAUACCGGUUUUAUCCCCGCAAACCCAGCACAAGCACUCGAAGAUGGCAUGUUCAAAAGAGCUGACAUUCUGAUCGGAACUAACGAAAAUGAAUUUGUCUUUUUCUUGAGUUUCUUUGGCAUUCCUGGUUUCAGUGUUGGCUCGGAGAGUCCUCCCGAUAGGGAGCAAUUCAUACAGGCUAUAAACAUAGGCUUGGCAGGGCCUCUGAAUGAACUGGCAUUGGAGGCAAUCGAGUUCCAGUACACCGACUGGCUUAACCCUGACUCUGACACCAGGUACCGGGACAUUCUCGAAGCUGCAAGGGCAGAUUAUUCCUUUGGUUGCCCCACUGUCGCCACGGCCCGCGCCCAUGCCCAAUACGGCACCAACGUGUACAUGUACCGGUUUGCCCAUCGCGUCACUGCCUCCCGCUGGCCCGACUGGGUUGUAGCGACCCACGGUGAUGAACUCCAGUUCGUGUUCGGGCUGCCUACCAUACCAGGCGUCGGUUACAGCACGGAAGAUGCCGAGGUAUCCAGUACCAUGAUGCGGUACUGGGCAAACUUCGCCAAAACAGGCAAUCCAAACAACAACAACGAUGCCGACCCUGUGUGGACGCCGUACACCGAGACAGGCAGACCCUACAUACUGCUGGAAGGGAGUGGCCCAAAGAUGAUGACCGGGUUCAAGACCACUGAAUGUGCCCUGUGGGAUGUCUACGUGCCAGCUCUCAUGAACAAAACAGUUGCCCAAGCCCCCAUGACAUCAGAGCCCGUCCAGUGCCAGACUACCACAGAAGUCGUCGCCCCGGCAGUUUGGGGACAGAGUCUGACACUGGCUCUUCUCUUCAACGUCAUCAAGGACGUCAUCAGCUUCGUCACGACCAUAUUCGUGCUGUAAGAGAUGAUGACGUCAUCAGCUUCGUCACGACCAUCUUCGUGCUGUGAGAGAUGAUGACGUCAUCAGCUUCGUCACGACCAUCUUCGUGCUGUGAGAGAUGCUGACGUCAUCAGCUUCGUCACGACCAUCUUUGUUCUAUGAAAGAUACUAACUGGAACCGACGAAAUCAAUCGGUUCGACUAGAAAGAUUUGUAGUCUCAACAAACGGUAGUAAUGAUUAAAAGCUGUAGAAGCACUGA